AUGGCGUUACGAACACUAGUGCCAGAAGAAUGGGUUCCCUUACCACGAACCAACAUCUCCACACGCACUGCUCGGCAACCACGAGAUGAGAGGGCCAGGGUACCGAAAUCACCUCAUCGUGGUCGACCGCCGCCUAUCAAGCUACUGGCGCCACCACCCUCAUCGAACGACAACAAUAAGCAAGAAACAAUUUCACCCCGCGACCCCGAGAUUGUCGACCUAGCCCCUCCCACAACAUGGCCUCGACGCCUCCAACUACCACCCGUACCACCCAAACAAGCACCACUACUGACAAGAAUGAACACCCCAAGUCUCUACUCCCGCCACAGCACAGCCGGCCAAUCAGAGAUUUCCUUCGGAAUCCUGGAUUACUACACCCGUGACCCCUCGCCAUUGCAAAGUCCGGAAUUACCGCCGCCACCGCUUACGCCUACGCCUGCGCCUGCGCUCAAGACGGAGCGCGCGGUGGAUCGUCGGGGUUUGGAGAAAUUCGAUUUCGAGCUCGUGCCGUGUACGCCGUCGGUGUCGGAAUUGAGGGAUAUUGGGCGGAAGCCGCUGCCGAUUAGUAAAGGUGAGGAGGAGGACGCUGUGGUGGGGGCGGUGGUCGAAGAGACGCCUGUGAAGGGGACUUUGAGCGGUUGUGGAGAAGAAGUCGAAAGUAGCGUUGCAGGCGCAAAGGUCGGAGUCGAGCAGCCCGCACUCGUGAAUCUCACCCCCCCAACGCGCAAAGCUCCGGAUAUACCACCGCAUAAACGCACCUACAGCCUCUUCCCAGCCGCUGCUGUCAAGGAGACACCCAGCCCUCAAACAAUGGACAUCCCAUCUCCGUCAUCGAUCCUCCUCGUCUCACCAGCCGAGAGCCCAACGAACAAAAUCAUCGCUCAGCACCACCAUCAACAGCCCGCCUCCUCCUACCGCCGCAGGAAAGAAAGUCUGACGGGUUCCUUUCACCUCCCUGCGGUCGAGCCGGCGUAUAAUCCCCUUACGAAUUCUAUCCUCCACGUCGUCGACGGGGUCGGCGUCGAUAAGCCAUCGGACUUUUUCUACGACUUCUACUUCUGCCGCGACUGCUUCCCCACCAGAACGUGGUGGUCGUCGUACUGA